CAGGAGGAACACCGAGCCGCAGCCGCCGAGGCAACGUGAAGUUUGUGCGGCUCAACAUGACGCAAAAAUUCUUGAAGAGCUCUUUGGCGGCGGCUAUCUAGAGAUCAGACCAUGUGAGGGGCCGAGAGUACAAAUACGGCCGCUCGGGCGCAGCUCCGGCACAGGCAGCGGCCGCCCCGGGUGCCUCGAGGGCGCGAGGGUCCCCCGCGUCGGCGAGCCCUGGGACCAGCCUCCCCGCGGACUGCCGGCAGAGCCCUCAAUCCCAUUGAUAUAAAGCUCUGAGGACCCCCACAGAUCGUGCACCAAGAAUUCAGUUCAAGUCCUCCGCGGAUGGGCGUCAGCAUCGUCUACUAGACAGCAGAAUGGAGACCACGCCCUUAAAUUCCCAGAAGGAGCUGUCAGUGUGUAAGGAUGGAGAAGACUGUCAGGAAAAUGGACUUCUACGGAAGGGUGUUCCCACCUCUGGGGAUAAGGUGGAGCCCGGCCAGAUCUUCAAUGGGUACUCAGCAGUUCCGAGCCCCGGUGCAGGAGAUGACACACAGCACUCCAUCCCGGCUGCCACCACCGCCCUAGUGGCUGAGGCUCACUCGGGGGAACGGGAGACCUGGGGCAAGAAGAUGGAUUUCCUCCUGUCGGUCAUUGGCUACGCCGUGGACCUGGGCAACGUCUGGCGCUUUCCCUACAUAUGUUACCAGAAUGGAGGGGGAGCAUUCCUCCUCCCCUACACCAUCAUGGCCAUUUUUGGGGGGAUCCCGCUCUUCUACAUGGAGCUCGCGCUGGGCCAGUACCACCGAAACGGAUGCAUUUCCAUAUGGAGGAAAAUCUGCCCGAUUUUCAAAGGGAUCGGUUACGCCAUCUGCAUCAUCGCCUUUUACAUCGCCUCCUACUACAACACCAUCAUGGCCUGGGCGCUCUACUACCUCAUCUCCUCCUUCACCGACCGGCUGCCCUGGACCAGCUGCGAGAACUCCUGGAACACCGGCAACUGCACCAACUACUUCUCCGAGGACAACAUCACCUGGACACUCCACUCCACGUCCCCCGCGGAGGAAUUUUACACGCGCCACGUCCUGCAGAUCCAUCGGUCUAAGGGGCUGCAGGACCUGGGGGGCGUCAGCUGGCAGCUUGCCCUCUGCAUCAUGCUCAUCUUCACUAUUAUCUACUUCAGCAUCUGGAAAGGCGUCAAAACAUCCGGGAAGGUGGUGUGGGUGACAGCCACCUUCCCCUACAUCAUCCUGUUGGUCCUGCUGGUGAGGGGCGCCACCCUCCCUGGAGCCUGGAGAGGUGUUCUCUUCUACUUGAAGCCCAACUGGCAGAAACUCCUGGAGACGGGGGUGUGGUUGGAUGCUGCCGCUCAGAUCUUCUUUUCCCUUGGUCCUGGCUUCGGGGUCUUACUGGCUUUUGCUAGCUACAACAAAUUCAACAACAACUGUUACCAAGACGCCCUGGUGACCAGCCUGGUGAACUGCAUGACGAGCUUCGUUUCGGGAUUUGUCAUUUUCACGGUGCUUGGCUACAUGGCCGAGAUGAGGAAGGAAGAUGUAUCCGAGGUGGCCAAAGACGCAGGCCCCAGCCUGCUCUUCAUCACAUACGCAGAAGCCAUCGCCAACAUGCCGGCGUCCACCUUCUUUGCCAUCAUCUUCUUCUUGAUGUUGAUCACACUGGGCUUGGAUAGCACGUUUGCAGGCCUGGAGGGGGUGAUCACGGCGGUGCUGGAUGAGUUUCCGCAUAUCUGGUCCAAGCGCCGGGAGUUGUUGGUGCUGGGUGUGGUCGUGACCUGCUUCUUCGGGUCCCUGUUCACCCUGACGUUUGGCGGGGCCUACGUGGUGAAGCUGCUGGAGGAGUACGCCACGGGGCCCGCCGUGCUCACCGUGGCCCUGAUAGAAGCGAUGGCUGUGUUCUGGUUCUACGGCAUCACCCAGUUCUGCAGCGACGUGAAGGAGAUGCUGGGCUUCAGCCCUGGAUGGUUUUGGAGGAUCUGCUGGGUGGCCAUCAGCCCUCUGUUUCUCCUGUUCAUCAUUUGCAGUUUUUUGAUGAGCCCGCCACAGCUGCGACUUUUCCAGUAUACUUACCCUCACUGGAGUAUCUUCCUGGGUUACUGCAUAGGAACCUCGUCUUUUAUCUGCAUCCCCACAUACAUCACCUACCGGCUGAUCAUCACUCCAGGGACAUUGAAGGAGCGUAUUAUUAAAAGUAUCACUCCAGAAACACCAACAGAAAUUCCCUGUGGGGACAUCCGCUUGAAUGUCGUUUAAAACGCUUCAACGAGAGGAGAGUGAGUGGCUUUCCCACCUCCUCUUCCUCCAGCUCUGAC